AUGCCAUGGAUGACAGACUUCCAGGUACCUGCCGUGGGCCAUGACAGCAAGAAAGACACAGUCAGAUUCCCCAAGAAGGAUGGAGAAGAACGUCUGGGCUCCACAGCCAGGGAGAGAGAUAAGCAUCCUCCCCAUGGAAAGGACGCCAGCCAGAGUCAAGGGAGCGAUGUUGGCGGAGUAGCCAAUCUCCAGCAUGGCCAGUGCAAAGAGGAAGAAGUACAGUGGGGUACGGAGGGCGUGUUCUCACCAGACUGUGAGCCCAGUGGUGACGUUGCCAAUGAGGCCUCCUGGUUGUUAACAGUGAUCCCCAGCGCUGGCAAAGAUGUGCACAGAAGAGCAUUACCAAGCUCGCUGGUGGAGAGGUCCAAUGCCGUACCCGUGGAAGAAAUAAAGAAAACUGCAAAGAUACAAUUCUUCUUUCGUCCAUUCUUAGCGGACCCAAAGGUACCGGUGGUGAUUUCUGUGGCCUUCCUGGUGAUGUACGACCGCCUCAGCGGAAAUGCCACCAUUGCACUUAUUGUCCAGAUCAACCACUCUCUCCACACCCCCAUGUACUUUUUCCUGGCUAACGUGGCAGUUCUGGAAAUCUCCUAUACAUCUUCCAUCGCCCCACUGGCCUUGGCAAACCUUCUUUCAAUGGGCAAAACUCCUGUUUCUAUGACUGGAGGUGGCAAAAUGUUUUUCUCUGUCUUCUUGGGUGGGGUUGAUUGUGUCCUGCUUGCAGUCAUGGCUUAUGACCAGUUUAUAGCAAUCUGCUACCCUCUACGAUACACCCUCAUCCUGAGCUGGCCCUUGUGUGUGGAGUUGAUGGUAGGAUCCCUGGUACUGGGGUUCCUGCUGUCGUUACCACGGACCGUUUUAAUCUUCCGUCUCCCAUUCUGCAACAACAGCGAAAUCUACCACUUCCAUGGCGACAUGCCUGCCGCCAUGCGCCUGGCUUGUGCAGACACGCACGUUCACCAAACUGCUCUGUGUAUCAUCAGCUUCAUCGUCCUAAGCAUUCCCCUCUCAGUGAUCUCCAUGUCCUACGUCUUCAUCGUGGUAGCCAUUGUACAGAUCCAGUCAGCAGAAGGGCACCAGCGAGCCCUCCCCACCUGCUCCUCUCACAUCUUAGUGGUCCUCCUGCAGUAUGGCUGCACCAGCUUUAUAUACUUGUCCCCCAGUUCCAGCUACUCUCCUGAGAUGGACUGGGUGGUGUCUGUGGCCUACACUUUUAUCACUCCCAUUUUAAACCCCUUGAUCUAUAGUAUGAGGAACAAGGAAUUGAAAGAUGCCCUAAGGAGGGCACUAAGCGAGUUCUAG